AUGUUCGGCACCCCUGAGAAAACCCUCGAAUACUUUGCGUCUUUCAACCAGCCAAGACAGCCAAACCUCCUCGACAUCCUCAUUGGCGACCUCAGCGGAGUGGUUCCGGCCGUCACCGGGCUCCUUGAUAGUGUGCUUGACCUCCUCCUUCCACCAGUUCCAUCCCCAGCGCUUCCCAGGGCGGCCGAACCCACCACUAUCAGACAAUACUCUCCUGAGGCAGUUUUGAGCGCUCUGUCGAACAUCGGCUAUCCUCUCGGAACAGGUCUCGGGUUGGCUACGACCACACUCUGCAUCGCAACGACUACAGUUCCCAUCGCCGGGUUUCCUACUGUGACGAUAACAAGGCUUACCACUAGCCCAGCGAUCAGUCUGACGGUUCCUGGGCUCAGUAUCCCGGCGAUUACGUUACCUCGUCUGCCGACGGUGACGGUGACCCUCCCGUCAGCUCCCUCGAUUCAGCUGCCGUCUGUGUCGUUGCCGUCUGUGUCGGUACCAUCCGUCCAGGUGCCGUCUCUCUCAGUCCCGACCCUUCCGUCGGUUCCCACACUGCCAUCGAUCUCGUUGCCCAACGCGUCUCUCCCGAGCAUCUCGGUCCCAAGCAUUUCGGUCCCAAGCAUAUCUCUUCCGAGCGUAUCUCUCCCUAGCGUAUUUCUCCCGAGUGUGACGCUUCCGAGUUUGAAGUUGCCAGCGGUGUCUUUGCCGAGCGUCUCACUCCCAAGCCUCACCUUACCGACCAUCUCAUUACCGAGCCUCUCUCUCACCUUGCCGACUGUGUCUUUACCCAGUCUAUCACUCCCAAGCUUGUUGUUGCCAACUUUGCCCGAGACUCUACUGCCUGGAGUUAGGAUUCCGGGCACUCAGCUCCCUGGUGUCAUCGUCUCGCCAGCACCCGGCCUGACCCUCUCCGUCGGUGGCAUCUCGGCCAAUCUCCCCGUUGUUGGUACUGUGGGAGUUCCAGCACUCAUUCACCUCACUGUUGAUCCUUCGGGCUUCACAGCUUCAGGAAUUGCCAUACCUGCCGUGACCAUCCCUCCCCUUGUCAUCCCCUCUCCGGUCCAGGCGGUCCUCCCCAACAUUUUGAGCCAGCUCUCCCAAGCUGUUGCAACCGAAACCCCGUUGGUUCCUGGCCUUAUCGCUGUCAUUAAUGGGUUGGUUCCCAUCCAGACGCCAGCCAUCACCCAACCCAUCGGCAACAACAUUCCCAUCCCGACUGGCGCCCCUAUCUUGCCUAGCCUGCUCAGCGAGAUUGGUGCUGCAGUCGCUUCCCUUCCCUCGGCCAUCCCAAGUCUCCUCAGCUCACUCGAGCCUCUGCUUUUACCGGAGCCGACAUUCUCCAUUCUGCCUUUUCCACCUUUCCCAAAUCCAUCCGUCCAGCUGCCAACCUUUUCUAUCUUACCAUUCCCCCCAAUUGCAACCCUCUUCCCCAACCCUCUCACCGCCUUCCCGACCAUAACAUUCCCACCCCUUCCUACCGCCAUCCCGACGCUGACCACUACUCGGUCGCCUCCAUUCACCAACUUGGGUCCUCCCAUUUCUGUUCCCAACAUCCUCACGUCCCUCCUUCCUCUCCCGACCAGCCCAGCCACCCCGCAGGGCGGCUACCGAUUCAACGCCAUGUCCAACUCCAACGUGGCAGUCUACUACGGGCAAUCACAAGCCUCUGAGCGCAUCUCCCUCGCUGAUGUCUGUGCCGAUACCAACGUUGAUCUGGUCAUCCUCGGCUUCGUCACAGACAUCAGCUACCAAAACAGCGGGCUGCCCAAACUGACGCUCGCGCUUGUGAUCAAGGGCAUCAAGACUGGGUAUCAGCGGCUUUUUUCUCCGGGGUUGGACUACUUCGCGCAGUUGGAGGAGGACAUCAAGACUUGCCAGGCGACGCACGGGAAGAAGGUUCUGGUGUCGCUGGGUGGGGGCGGUAGCUCGUUGGUGCUGAGGUCGGAGAGCGAGGCGCAGCAGUUUGCGAACAAGUUGUGGCAGCUGUUUGGGCCGGUGACGCCGGUGACGACGAGGGUUUAUGAGUUUGUGAAUGGGUUGAGGCCGUUUGGGACGGCGGUGGUAGAUGGGUUUGAUCUUGCAAAACUCGACCCCUCCCCCAACUACUGGGGCACCUUCGCAGCGACGAUGCGCUUCAACUUCUUGCAGGACACUUCAAAGAUGUAUUAUUUGUCUGCUGCUCCCGGGUGUGCUUCGCCUGACAGGUCGAUCCCGAUUGGGUACCUCGCCCAAGCCAACUUUAUCUGGCCGAGAUUCUUUGGAGGAGACGACACCGGACGCUGCGAGAUUGGGGGUGAGAAUUUCUUGACGUCGAUUCUUUCAUGGUGA